AUUCCCCUACCCCAGCGUCUGGGAGGCUCAGCUGCCAAGGGACCAGAUCCUCGUGGACACUUUCAGGUUCACCGCACAAAGCCUGCUGAGCCGGAACCUCUGACCCCUGAAACCAUGGAUAAAUUUGACCUGAUUAAGAUCAUUGGGGAAGGCACCUUUGGGAAGGUAUACUUGGCUAAAGAUAAAUCAGAACACAAUCACUGCGUCAUAAAAGAGAUCGGUCUUACGAAGUCCCUCAAUGUCGCUUUGAUGCCCUUCCAGGAAAAAGAAGCUACAGAGAAAGAAGCGAUUCUUCUGGCUACAAUGAAGCAUCCCAACAUUGUCACCUUCUUUGGCUCAUUUCAAGAGAGCGGCAGGCUGUUUAUCGUAAUGGAAUACUGUGACGGAGGAGAUCUCCUGCAAAGGAUCCGGAGGCAGCAGGGAGUGCUAUUCAGUGAAGAUCAGAUCCUGUGUUGGUUUGUACAGAUUUCUCUGGGGCUGAAGCAUAUUCACGACAGGAAGGUAUUACACAGGGACAUAAAAUCUCAGAAUAUUUUUCUUAGCAAGAAUGGAAUGGUUGCAAAGCUCGGGGACUUUGGAACAGCAAGAACAAUGAAUAAUUCCAUGGAGCUUGCUCAGACGUGUGCUGGGACACCUUACUACCUGUCCCCAGAGAUCUGCCAGAACAGGCCAUACAACAACAAGACGGAUAUUUGGUCUCUUGGCUGUGUCUUAUAUGAGCUCUGCACACUCAAGCAUCCUUUUGAGAGUAACAACUUACACCAUCUGGUUCUGAAGAUUUGUCAAGCACGUGUGGCUCCCAUAUCACCCCACUUCUCUCUUGACCUACAGUCUUUGGUACCUCAGCUCUUUAAAGUGUCUCCUCGGGAUCGACCAUCUAUUAAUUCCCUUUUGAAAAGGCCCUUUUUAGAAAUUCUUGUUGCCCGAUACUUAUCUCCUGAGGUCCACUCCAGAAGAAUUCAGUCCCAUUUUCACAUGCAGAACGCUGCUGCUGGCCUCACAGCUGGCUGGGGAGGCAGUCCAUGGUCUGCUGCGUUCCUUCAGGGGAAAUUUGAAGCUCAGCAAUAUAAGUUAAAAGUGGAAAGACAAUUGGGUCUCCGUCCAUCUUCUGCUGAGCCACAUCCCGAUGACAGAGAAAAGCUACAAAUCCGUGGAAAGGAGACUAACUUCCAGGAGCUGCGGUGUAGGAAGAACAAAAUGAAGGACCAGGAAUAUUGGAAACAGCUCGAGGAAAUUCGCCAACAGUACCACAGCGACAUGAAGGAAAUUAAAAAGAAGAUGGGGAGAGAGCUGAAGGAACAUGCAGACCUCAGUCAGAAAACCUAUUUGGUGAAGAGGAGCGACAUGCCCUGCCACCCUGAUGCACCGGAGGAAGAAGCCUGCAUGCAGAGAGGAAUAAAGUUUGAAAUUAGCCUAGAUAUUUCUGAGGAAGACACCGUUCAAGAAAACAAGGCAAUGGAUUCACUAAAGGAUACGUUAAGCUUUGAAGAUGGCAUGAAGUUUCAGAAGUAUGGAUGUGGGAAGGAGCAUGAAGAUUACACAGACAGAGCCUUUGAUAAGCUCUGUGGCCCAGAAGCAGAGGGCUUGUUUCAGGAUAUCGUUGCCGUGGAGAACAGGAGGCAGUGGGACGCCAGAGCACCUCAGACUCUGCUGCAGAUAAUGGCAACAGCAGAUGUCACCUCCACCUGCCCCACCAUGCCUGAUGAUGGUCAAGUGAUUGUGAUGGAAUGCAGUCCAGAAAACGGGAAGCCAUGGUGGUGGGAUGUGCCAGGGACCCUGUGUGCUUUGGCAGCAGAAAGUGCCUGCAGUAGCUCAUUGUCUGCCAGUAAAGAAGAACCUGCGAUAGUAAAACCACAGCUUCCUAAAGAAGACCAGGGAGAAGCAGACAUAGCCUCUGGCAUCGUAGUGGAUGAUGAAGAACUGGAUCCAGUAUCACAUGAUGAUGAUAUAAAAUUUGAAGAAUCGGAAGAUGAAUUGAGAAGUGAAAUAAUAGAAUCCCUGGAAAAACUUGCAACUUCCACAGAAGAAAGGGACGAAGUUCUCUGCUCCUCUAAGAAUGCUGAAAAGCCACGAGAGAAAGAAAGGUUAGACUUGCUGGCCCAGAAGUUCCAGUGAAAGUCUGGAAGCUUCCUUGAGCUGUCUGAUCUGUAUGGCUAAGACCAAACAGAUUCACCAAACGCUAGUCAAAAUGGGCAAGUGUGGAAGAUCUGUUUCUUAUUGCUGGGAAAAGUCCACCAUCUUAUUGGUUUUAUACAUUCUGUCCUGAUUAUGCUCUUGAGGGACAACUCUGACAAAUUCUGUUCUUAGCUUUAAUGCUUCUAUUAAACUGAAACUAUCUGUUCAUAUCUUUCAUGUUUGUGUUUAGAAUAAAAUGUAU